AUGGCAAAUCGAGUCAACAACAUGAGAAGAAGAAUGGAAUUGCUUGAAGAAGCAGGCAAUCAACAAUCAACCAAAAAAUCGACAAUGGCGAUCGAUAAGAACGCCUGGUUCUCUGGAACAGAGGGUGAAAACCGGCCCAAGGUCAAGACUUUGAGGCAUUUUAUUGAGGAAACUGCAAGCAGACAAAGAGCUGCCACAGAGGAGAAUAGGAAGAAAGCUGAAGCUGCUGAGAGCCAGGCCAAGACACAAACCUUCGAAGAGUUUCUUGCAGGUUUUACAGCCAAACAAAGAGCUGCCGGAGACAAUCUGAAGAAUGUCACUGCCCCAGCCGAAGUCCCCACACCAUCUGGUCAACAAAACACACGCCGUGGUCCAGCUCCCGCGCUGCCCCAAAAGACUAUGGGUGCUGAUUUGAUUCAGAGCGCCGCAAACUCAUCUGGCUAUUCGUUUUUCAAUGCCAACAAAACUCCGGUAAAGGCUGAUCAGCUUCCAUCUUUUCCGUUUCAUGAUUCUCCACCUUUUGGAGCUUCGCAAUCAGACCAGCGCAGUGAAUCUGCUAUCCCUCAAGCUGAAUGCGAAGCUGAAUUCAAUACACAAGUCGGAAUUGACGGGCAAGUUCGUCAUCACUUGACUGAAUUUGAUGACACCUUACAACAAGAUUCUACAUUUAUGUGGAUUCCUGAAGAGCAAAGCCAGAAAACUAUAGUUGAUUCCAAACUUGGGUUUGCACCCCAAAUUUACGGGUUCUUGAUAUCUUCCGAUGUUCAUCAAUACCAACUGGAACUCCAGAUGUGGACUACUUACGUAAAUCCAGAUCCGGAAUCUUUCAGAGGUAUCAAUCCGAAAGGAAAGUCUGACUUGUGUCAUAACUGUUCUGAAGCUGGUCACGCUUGGAACUUUUGCACUCAAACUUGUCGAUGGUGUCAUUGGUGCUCUGAUUUUCAUUGA